AUGGCAAAUCCAAUUUUAAACAACAUAAACAAACCAACAAAGGUUUCAAAUACAGAAAAUGAUUUCACUCUUCAAUUCACAAUUCCAAACAAUGUUGAAGCAGGCCAAAAAUAUUUAUUAUUGAAACUCAUUAAUCCACUUAAUCAAGAAUCUCCUGUUUUCGGUGUCAGUUUAACAAUUACAAAAGAGAGAGAAGUAACAAGCAGUUCAAUCACGUGCCAAAAAACACAAGCCAUGAUGUUAGAUGAAAAAGAAUAUUUGUUCAAAUGCAAUAUCGAUAAUAUUGAAACCAAUGCUGUUAUAUAUAAAGCUAAAGUUGGUCCAUAUGACUCAAAUGGUUAUACCGACCAGCUCGACAUUGAUUUGCGAAUGAAUCCUAAUGGAAAUGAAAACGAAUAUAAUGUAUGA